AUGGAACAAAAUUUACAACAAACAGGUGUUCGUGUGUACACAUUUGUUGAUGAAGCUGAACAGCCAAGUACAAAGUGGUGGCACAAAUUUUGCUUACGCUGCCAUGAAAGAGACUCAACACCGUCUUGGCAACCGUCGUGGUGGGCGAGGACGUUUCCUUUUCCAUUGUUCCCUACAUAUAGACAAUCAGCUCAGCGACUAUGCAUAUUAAUGUUUUUCUUUCUCAUCUGGGGUAUAGCAUACGUGGAACUUGGGGAUGCCGUUGCAGCAAACGGGGAGCUGCUUAGUAUGACGAUUCUUGUCAUUUCCGCGUACCUUAUUGGCUGGUUGUGGUUGAAAAUCACCACGCUUCCGGCGCUCAUUGCGAUGCUGGUCACGGGAAUAGCGUUUCAGAACCUCAACUUAGUACAUAUGACUAAUGAGUACAGGAAACUGAAUCAAGAUCUUAGGAAAGUAGCUUUAGUAAUUAUACUUAUGAGAGCGGGUUUGGGCCUGAACGCCAACAUAUUAAAGAAGCAUUACGUGGCAGUACUACAAUUGGGGUUGAUACCCUGGUUAGUUGAGAACUUCGCUAUAGCCAUUCUGUCCCAUUAUCUUCUCGGCUUACCAUGGAUGUGGAGCUUCCUCCUAGGCUCGAUGAUAGCAUCCGUUUCACCGGCGGUUGUUGUGCCCUGUCUAUUCAGACUGCGCGAUGCGGGCUACGGAGUGGCCAAAGGCAUUCCCACACUACUGCUCGCAGCUGCGGCGAUUGACGACUCGAUCAGUGUGGCCGUGUUCGCCAUAAUUUUGAACGCCCUGUUCUCUACAGGCUCUGCCACUUACAACAUUAUUGUGGGACCUCUAUCAAUCAUAGCUGGCAUUGGAUUUGGAGCUCUGUGGGGAACUAUAGCGUCAAUUAUUCCAGAAAAGGGAGAUACAUAUGUAGUGCCCUUGAGAUUCCUAUUUUUAUUCUUUGGAGGCUUAUUUGCGCUUUUUAUUUCUAGUUUAAUUGGCUGGAGUGGUGCAGGACCUCUAGCGAUCGUGUCUUCAGGGUUCACAGCUGCAUACUUUUGGGAGAAACAAGGCUGGGUCGUUAACAAAAACCCUGUCAGUAAUAUCUUCAGAAUUUUGUGGAUAUUCUUUGAGCCGAUACUAUUCGCGUUUACGGGUGCCCAAAUUACGAUUAGCGCGUUGGAUCCUGACAUUAUAAAAAUGGGCGCGAUAUGUUUGAUAGCAUGUUUGUUAAUACGCAUGGUAGCCACAUUCUUGGUGAGCUUCGGAUGUGGACUGAACAAUAAAGAGAAACUCUUUAUUGGUGUCACGUGGUUGGCUAAGGCUACGGUACAGGCGGCUUUAGGGCCAGCCGCAUUAGACCUAGUUAAUAAUGGGCAAACCACUGGCUUGCCACCACUCGACGAAGAAAAAUUCGCCAAAACUAUUCUGGCCAUGAGUGUACUUAGUGUGGUGCUGUCAGCACCGUUAGGCGCAAUACUUAUUGUAAUCACGGGACCAAGACUAUUGAGUCGGACACCUGCUUCUAAAACUCCGAAUGAAGUCGAACCUAACACAACAUCGAUUGCACUG